AUGUCGGUCUUCCCAAGCUAUGUACCGGUUGCCGUCAACUACCUGACGGAGACUGAAGAGGCGCUCGGCCCAUUGCCAGAUGGAUGGGACAAACAGACCGCACCCAACGGCAAGCCUUACUUUACAAAGUUGAGAGCGCUCGCAUGCACUCUUGAACGGACCACAUGUGCUGCCUGUGACGCCGGGGUCACCAAGACGACGACAUGGAUCGACCCCAGGACCUAUAGAGUUCGGAAGCACGACAUCAAGCAGAUCAAGGAGAAAGAGCUCCCCUACGGAUGGGACGAAGCAUUUGACGAAGAAUGCGGAAUCUACUACAUCGAUCACAAUACCAUGUCGACCUUUCUUGACGCACCGUGGGAUCCGCGAGUCCGCGAUCACAUCCUGGCUCUGCAGCAGCAUCUGAAGCAGGAAGAGGCGAAGCUCGAGGCCCAGAUGAAGGAGGAGCGGGCGCAAAAGGGCAAGCUGAACGAGUCCCAGUCCAAGGUCACCCAACUCGAAGCCACAAAGACCAAGCUUGAAAAGGAGCUGGCUCAACUGCAGGCCGAUAAGCAGAGCAAGGGAGCCUCCCCGGGACUUGAGAAGAAAAUCGCCGAUAUUCAAGCUCGCAUAAGCAAGAUCGACCAGGAGCUCCGCGAUGAGCGCACGAACUUGGAGCAUAUUGGAGCCAAGCACACGCAGCUCGCUGAGGACAACCGCGACUUUCGCAUGCGCCUUGGCGAGCUCCAGAAGCUCAACGACAAGCUCAGCGGAGACACUCAGCAGCAACUCGAAGAGUCUAAAAAAACCAACAAGGAGCUUCAGGAUCUUCACUCGCUUCUGCAAGGCGAGGCGAAGAAGCGCGAGGAGCUAGAGGCCUACAUCCUGAGACUCAAGGGCGAGGUGUUGAAUCUCACCAAUGCCACGCCUGACCCAAGCAGACCAGCCACCACCGGAACCUUCGGAGUCCCCCAGAAGCAGGGGCAGGCCGACGGGGUGGGUGAAGGCGAUAAAAAGACCGCCGUCGAGCGGGAGCUGGAGCUACUGGCCUUGCGUCGACAGCUCGAGAACGACAAAAAGCAGCGUGAGCAGCUCGAAAGCAUGACUGCCCGCCUUGAAACCGAGAAGCAGCGGAUCCAGUCCGACGAUGCCGAGCUCGUGGCGCCUGAUUGGAUCAAGGCUCUGAGCCUAAAAUCGAGCAACAAGAACAACCCGCAACGAUGGCUUGGCGGCCAAGACGAGCCCGGCGCUCAGGAAAAACGCAUAGUGCGCAUGAUCAUCCUGGCGAACCAGCUCGAACCUUGGGCAGUGGCUCCGACCCACAUCUUUCUAUCGAUGGUCACCAAGCGGAGGGCCAACGGCCAAGAGUCGAAGGCUCGGGCAGCGCUAUCUGUCGCUGCCAUCUGCCGUCGCUCUGUCGUCGCCCUGUCGUCGGACGUGUCAAACCAGGAUCCCGGUCGCAAUCCAGCCGAGGGUGUUGGCGAAGACCUGGCCUGCUGGCUGAAGAGGACAGCCGAGCAUAUCUCGGACUUGCCAGUCCAAUUGAGCCACUCGCGGGACGAGCCCAACUGA